CACAUUUCCAUCCGAGACCCUGAAAAAAAUGCGUCCCCAUCAAAACCCUCUCUCCUUCCUUUCCUUGCUGUCUCUCUCUUCCUAAAAUUUCUCCCUCUUUCUCUCUCGCCUCACUCUCUCUCGUCUCGUCUCCCCCCACCCCGCUGCCGAAUCCCCAACCAAACCCCGCCGUCGCAAUCGUCCGCACGCGCGCGCGCGGGUUUCUGUGGACGCCGGCGUCCCCGGCCCGGAUUGAUCCCGCCGCUCCUCUCCUCUCCUCCUCCCGAUUCUCGCCAUCCAAUCAAUCUCUUCCUUUGCUCCCUUCCUUUCCCGGCCGCCUCCUGGUUUCUUGCCGAAAUUGCCUGCCACCUGUUUGGACUCUGGAGACGAGGGCGCGCGCAUAACUUGCCUCGCCAUUGCGGCUGCUCUGCUCAGCCCGGCUGCUUCCUUGGAUCUGCUAGCUCGCCCGCGCCGGCCUCCGGGGCGCGCUCCCCCGCUCCAAAUCUCGUCCUUGUUUUGGAGGUCCUCCUGUGCGGAUGAGGAGGGAAUCCUGACUUUUGCUGGGCUCCGGCGGUUCUCUUCCUGGAUCCUUGCGGCGGAGGCGUGCCGGGAUGGGUUUCUUGAUCUGCGCCUGCCUCCUCCAGCUGCUCUUCUUGGGCUCCUCUCCGGUGGCGGCGCAGUCGCCGUCGCCGGCGAGGGCCCUGGACGCAAUGCUGCAGGAGUACGCGUACCGGGCCUUCGUCCGGCCGCACACCGGCAUUGUCUACAACGGCACCGUGCCUUCGGACCUCGCCGGCGUCGCGGUGUCCGGGCUCCGCCUGCGCAGCGGCAGCCUGCGGAGGAAAGGCUUCUCCAACUACUUCAACUUCAGGAUCCCCCCUGGCGUCAUCGUGCAGCCGUACGUCGAGAGGGUGGUGCUAGUGUACCACAGCCUGGGCGACCUCUCGGAGAAGUACUACCCGCUCCCCGGCUACACCUAUCUCUCGCCCAUUCUCGGGCUGCUCGUCUACGACGCUGCCAACUUGUCAGCAGUGGGUUUGUCCGAGCUGAGCAUCGUCGCGUCAGGGAGCCCCAUUUCUGUGAAUUUCAGCAAUGUCAGGGCGGUGCCGCCAGGCAGUCCAGCGCCGCAGUGUGUGUGGUUCGAUUUGGAUGGCGUGCCACAGUUCCGGGCCUUGGAGGCAAACAACGUGUGUGCAACGUAUCGCCGAGGGCACUUCUCCAUAGUGGUGAACUCCAGUGAGGUUGCUCCUGCUCCAGGUCCUUCAGGCGCAAUUGCCCCGCCAAUACCGACUGAUGGUGGUCGUGAUAAGGGUAGUUCGGACGCAUGGAAGAUUGCCGUCGGCGUUGUUGGGGGUGUCAUUGCAUUGGGGCUGUUGGCUUUGCUUCUGGUAUGUUUCCUCAGAUAUAAAAAGGAAAAGAAGAUGGAGGUUAUGGAACGAAAUGCAGAGGUCGGGGAGACUUUGCGCAUGGCGCAGGUUGGGCGGACGCAAGCGCCUGUAGCGUUCGGAACGCGAACAAAACCUGUGAUUGAGAGUGAGUAUGUUGCCUAGUUGAUUUUUGGUGUUUUGCAGAAUUCAGGCAACAGCAGCAAUGCUCUAAGAUGAUGCCCUGAGAUGUGGAAUUGUCCACCGGUCAGUUGAGGCAGAAAGCAUUCCAUAUCAGUGAGGGUGCUGUGAAUUGCUAGGUUUAGGGUUCAGCUGCUGCUCCUUGCGGGUAGCAAAUUCUUUUGGCGGUUCUUAUUAGGACUUGAAUUGUUCUGCAAUGGUUACUGUUGAUGUUCAUAGUCGCCUGUUCCUUGUUGGGUUCGUCUGCAAGCAAGCAAUGGAGAAGAGAUAUUUAUCAUGCCAGAUUUGGAAUCCUUUGAUUAUUUUUUCAUUGGUGUAUUCAAAAGGAAAAUGGGCCUGGCAAUAAAGCAGGUAAUAUUCAUUGAA